AAACCCCUCAGACACAGUCCUUCAGCAAACCCCGCGGGCACCGGCGCGCCUGCAGCUCGGCGCUCGCGCUCUCCGGCUGGAAUCCGCUUUGAGCGGUGGCCGGUGGACGAGAGGCUCGCGUCCUCCUCGCAUUCUGCACGCAUUGUGUGCAGCUGCUGGAGGCUCAGGGGACGGAGAACAAUUAGACGAGGUCCUUCCGGCCGUGCUCACGCCCCAGCCGCAGAGUUGGAGAAACCCACGGAGGGUGGAGGGCUGCUGAGAAGCCAGGCAGGAGUCUGUGGUCCAGAGGAACUGAGGUGGAGCAGAAGCCGAAAUCCACUUCUGGGUGUGUUUGGUAGGGGAGGGAAUGCGCAUCUGGAGCUGCGCUGCAGUCCCACAAGGCGCGAGUCACCACCCCACUAUGGGGGUCCCGCCCCUCCCCCACGCCAGGAGACGCCCCUGCACCCAACGGCGGGGAAGCAAACUUUCUUCGCCUCCAAGUGACGCAAAGAUUCUUGAGGAGCUCUUUGGCGGCGGCUAUCUAGAGAUCAGACCAUGUGAGGGGCCGGGAGUACAAAUAGUGCGCGCGGGCGCCGGCUCUGCACAGCAGCGCGCGCCCCGGGCUGCGAGGGCGCCAGGGUCGCGCCGCCCCCGCCCGGUCCGGCAGAGCCCUCAAUCCCAUUGCUGUAAAUCUCUGGGGAGAUCCACAAGCCGAACACCAACAAUUGAGUUCAGGUCCUUGGCAGAUGGCCAUCAGUGUCUUUCACUAACCAGCGAGAUGGAGACCACAGCCUUGAAUUCUCAGAAGGCGCCGUCGGUGUGUAAGGACAGAGAGGAUUGUCAGGAAAACAGCAUUUUACAGAAGAGUGGUCCUACAUCGGCGGGUGGAGUGGAGUCUGGCCAGAUAUUCAAUGGGUACUCAUCGGUUCCCAGCACUGGCAUGGGGGAUGACGCUGAGCACUCUGUCCCGACUGCCACCACCACCCUGGUGGCUGAGGUGCACCAUGGGGAGCGGGAGACCUGGGGCAAGAAGGUAGACUUCCUCCUCUCGGUCAUCGGCUACGCUGUGGACCUGGGCAACAUCUGGCGCUUUCCCUAUGUGUGUUACCAGAACGGUGGAGGAGCAUUCCUCCUCCCCUACAUCAUCAUGGCCAUCUUUGGAGGGAUCCCACUGUUUUACAUGGAGCUUGCGUUGGGCCAGUAUCACCGGAAUGGAUGCAUUUCUAUAUGGAGGAAAAUCUGCCCGAUUUUUAAAGGGAUUGGCUACACCAUCUGCAUCAUUGCCUUCUACAUUGCCUCCUACUACAACACCAUCAUAGCCUGGGCCCUCUACUACCUCAUCUCUUCCUUUACGGACCGGCUGCCCUGGACCAGUUGCAGGAACUCCUGGAACACGGCCAACUGCACCAACUACUUCUCUGAGGACAACAUCACCUGGACGCUCCACUCCACCUCCCCUGCGGAAGAGUUUUAUAUACGCCACAUCCUUCAGAUCCAUCGGUCUAAGGGACUGCAGGACGUGGGAGGCGUCAGUUGGCAGCUUACUCUCUGCAUCAUGCUUAUCUUUACCAUCAUAUACUUCAGCAUCUGGAAAGGUGUUAAAACAUCUGGCAAGGUGGUGUGGGUGACAGCUACCUUUCCUUAUAUCGUCCUUUCUGUGCUGCUGGUGAGGGGGGCCACACUCCCAGGAGCGUGGAAGGGUGUUCUCUUCUACUUGAAACCCAACUGGCAGAAGCUCCUGGAGACAGGGGUGUGGAUUGAUGCUGCUGCUCAGAUAUUCUUCUCUCUUGGUCCAGGCUUUGGGGUCCUCCUGGCCUUUGCCAGCUAUAACAAGUUCAACAACAACUGUUACCAAGAUGCCCUGGUGACCAGUGCGGUGAAUUGCAUGACGAGCUUCGUUUCGGGGUUUGUGAUCUUCACGGUACUGGGGUACAUGGCUGAGAUGAGGAGCGAAGAUGUAUCCGAAGUAGCCAAAGAUGCAGGCCCCAGCCUCCUCUUCAUCACCUAUGCAGAGGCCAUAGCCAACAUGCCGGCAUCCACGUUUUUUGCCAUCAUCUUCUUCCUCAUGUUAAUCACACUGGGUCUGGACAGCACGUUUGCAGGCUUGGAGGGAGUGAUCACUGCAGUGCUGGAUGAGUUUCCACACAUCUGGGCCAAGCACCGGGAGUGGUUUGUGCUUGCUGUGGUCAUUACUUGCUUCUUUGGAUCCCUGACCACCCUGACUUUUGGAGGGGCCUACGUGGUGAAGUUGCUGGAGGAGUACGCCACGGGGCCUGCGGUGCUCACCGUGGUGUUCAUAGAAGCAAUCGCUGUGUCUUGGUUCUAUGGGGUCACUCAGUUCUGCAGCGAUGUGAAGGAGAUGCUCGGCUUCAGCCCCGGAUGGUUUUGGAGGAUCUGCUGGGUGGCGGUCAGCCCUGUGUUCCUCCUGUUCAUCAUCUGCAGUUUUCUGAUGAGCCCACCCCAGCUACGACUUUUCCAAUACAGUUAUCCCCACUGGAGUGUCAUCCUGGGUUACUGCAUAGGGACUUCCUCCGUCAUCUGCAUCCCCACAUACAUUACCUACCGGCUGGUCACCACCCCAGGGACCCUGAAGGAGCGCAUUAUUAAAAGUAUCACUCCAGAAACACCAACAGAAAUUCCUUGUGGGGAUAUCUGCUUGAAUGCUGUGUAACACAUUCCUGUGAGAAACGAUUCCCAGCCCUCCAGCUCUGACGAAUCCCACCUCACCUCCGCUCAAAGUGAAUCAGUUUCCAGCCAAGCCUGAUGAUGAAAAGGAUCUUCUUUGCGGAGACACAGUCCCAAAAGACUAUGGUGCCCAGACCUACGGCUUCCAGUCACUUCCUCCCAUUAAAUCUCUGGGACAUUAUCACUAUGUUAGACUAUGAUGCAACUGAAGUGGCCUAUUUUGAACGUGUGAGGGUGUGUAUGGAGGUGAUGAAAACUACCCUAUCAUUGAUUAGGAUUAGGUUUAGAAUCAAGUUUGUGGAUGUUUCCCGUGUCAUUUUUUUGGUAUGACUGUUAUCUGACAUUUGUUUGCCUCUAAAGGCUUCACUGUUCAUGAAUGCAUUAAACAUUAGAAGAAAAUGGAA